AACAGCCGCACAACUGAGCAGCAUACGCGCGAGAAGAACGUCGCGAGCCAGGCGCGCACUGUCAACCAGCCGCAGUCGGAUAUAUUCAUUGAUAAAAAGAAAACGGAUUAUGAGGAUUUGUGAAGAAGUCAUCAAGUAGCAGUGUUAAUAAACGUCAGGAUUAGUGCGGAUUUCAUCCCGGGUUUCCACAACAAUGCUAGACCGGCGACGGAGAGCCUCCCUGGCUCUUACCUUGAACUUCCUCGCCCUGUUCCUCGCGAUGUGCGCGCUCACCACCAGCUACUGGUGCGAGGGCACGCGGAAGGUGGUGAAGCCGUUCUGCACGGGACCCAUCACGACCAGACAGUCGUUUUGCAUCAGGUUUAACAGUUCUAACCUCAAUGACACCCGCUUGGUCCAGUACAUCUGGGAAACGGGCGAGGACAAGUACCUGAUGAGGAAGUUUCACACGGGCAUCUGGUUCUCGUGCGAGCAGAACGUCAACAUGACGGGUGAAAACUGCAGAAGUUUCUUGUAUGUGGCGCCUUCAAAUGAAAGAGGCGUGCUCUGGCUGUGUAUUGUGGCCGAGUGCCUGUAUAUUCUCCUGCUGGCCACCGGGGGAAUCCUAAUGUCCAUCGAAGUGUGUCAGAUUGGAAAUGUCAUCGAUGGUCUCAAGCUGAACGCCUUCGCCGCCAUCUUCACCGUUCUGUCAGGUCUGCUAGGCAUGGUGGCCCACAUGAUGUAUACCACAGCCUUUCAGCUCACGGUCAGCCUGGGCCCGGAGGACUGGAAACCACAGACAUGGGACUACAGCUGGUCAUACAUCCUGGCGUGGAGCUCCUUCACCGCCUGCAUGGCCUCCUCCGUCACCACCAUCAACCGCUACACCAAGACCAUCCUGGAGUUCAAGCACAAGCGGCGCAACAUCGAGAAGAACCUGAAGAUCAAGCAGCGGCUGCUGGAGCUGGACUCCCCCGAGCAGGUGUGGGACAUGUACAUCAGCUCCGUGCCCAGCACGGCCCAGGAGCUGCUGGACCUGUCCUCCUCCUCCACCGCCAACGGGGGCCGCAAGCUGUCCGGAGCCUCCGUCUUCCUGGACCUCAACGACCUGCCCCCCCACGACCGCCACGGGGAGGAGUACUGCUGAAGGGCUCGGAGAACACCGGAGCUGUGUGGGGUGGUGUGUAUGUGGGGGGGGGGGGGGGGUGUGUGUGUGUGUGUGUGUGUGUGUGUGUGUUAGAGAGAAAGUGUGUUCGAGAGAGUGUGUGUAUGUGUAUGUGUAAUGGCAUUUAUUUUUGGGCAAUGUUAUAGACUUGUGUUGCACACACAAACACACACACACACACACACACACACAGUAAGGUAUACAGACAACCACACACACUGUCAGAACCGAUGAAGCUGUUCCCUGAGUUGUUGUGGCCGUGUCACAACGGCUGACCUUUGACCUUCACCUUAAUGGCUUCGCCCACUGUGGGAAAGAAAUGUACGGAAAGAAGUACAGUGGUCUAGCAUUGUAUUGAUCGAACUCCAUUUACUAUAAUUCAAUGCCAGACGUAGGGGGCCAAAGACGAGUUGAGGAACAGUGAACUACCCCUCCCCCCCACACCCACACAGACACACGUAUACGCACGCAUAUACACACUCACACAUACAAACUCACACACACACACACAUACAAACUCACAUACACACACACACUCACAUA